AUGGGUGGUGCGCAAGCUGAAAAAAUUGCCUCGAUGGUUGGCUAUUCGGGUCACUCAAGAGUAGACGUUGUUGGUUUUACUGGUGGGAUUUGGGUUUAUUGGCGACCGGAUGUUGUUACUGUCAAUCCCAUUCAUAAACACAAACAAUAUAUCACGAUGGAUAUUUCUAGACAAGGAGUUGUCCCAUGGUACUUCACUGCUGUAUAUGCGAGUCCGGACCCUUCCCAACGCCAAGAGUUAUGGCAAGAAUUGAAAAACUUUGCAACAACCCACAAUAAGCCUUGGCUCAUUGCGGGUGAUUUUAAUGAUACGAGGUUCCCCUCGGAGAGGAACUCAUCCUGUCGAGAGACUACUAGGAGGUCGCGUUUGUUCAAUGAUUCGGUGGAAGAAAUGGAUCUCAUUGAGGUCGAAUUUAUGGGAGCAGCCCACACUUGGAGCAGGGGCAAUUCUGAAGAGACGAGAAGAAGUGGCAGGCUCGAUAGAGCGUUGUGUACAGACAAUUGGGCUCUUCAAUUCGAUAAGGCCAAGGUUAAACAUCUGCCUACUAUACAUUCUGAUCAUUGCCCAAUUUUUAUCUCACCAAAUGGUUUUGUACCUUUACAAGCCUUACACCGUCCAUUCAGAUUCCAAGCAACUUGGUUAACGCAUGAAAAUUUCAAGGAGUUUGUAUCUCAAAAAUGGGAUUCGAAUGGUACACUCAUGUCUUCUCUGUCAAAGCUAUCGACAGACCUUCAAUGUUGGAAUAGGGAUGUCUUUGGAAAUGUGUUCAAGCAAAAGAGAAAUUUGAUGGCAAGGAUUGCAGGGGUUCAAAGAAAACUUGCUGAAAAAUCAUAUAGAGGUCUCAUUAAACUAGAAGCUCGUUUGCGCAAGGAUCUUGAUGAGAUUUUGGAUCGUGAAGAAAUUAUUUGGUAUCAAAAAUCCCGGGUUGACUGGCUUAAAAAUGGGGAUAGAAAUACUACAUUUUUCCAUUUAAGCACCAUAGUACGAAGGUGGAAAAAUAAGGUUGCUGCCAUCAAAGAUGAAAAUGAUGUUUGGUUGGAGGAUAAAUUGCAAAUUCAAGACCAUAUUGUUCAAUACUUUGCCAAGCUGUUCACAGAAGAAAAUGAGCCGAGUUCUUUUGAUGUUCCCCAAGACAUUUUUCCGGAGCUUUCUACCCAGGAUUGGAGUGGGCUGGUUCGACCUUAUUCGAGACUAGAAGUUGAAGUUGUGAUAAAGGAAAUGGGCUCCCUAAAAGCUCCGGGACCGGAUGGAUUUUAA